AUGAACUCUGAGGCAAAGACUCAUGAAUAUAAUCAGUGUAGAAAGACUUUUUUGUCCAGGGUCAGGCUUGCUGGGCAUCAGAGAGUACACACUGGGGGAAAACCUUACGAAUGCAAUCAGUGUGGAAAGAUAUUUAGAAACACCUCCAAUCUUGGUGUACAUCAGAGAAUCCAUAUUGAGGAGAAACCUUAUAAAUGCAAGCAAUGUGGAAAGACAUUCAAGGGGACCUCCCAUCUUGCUCAACAUCAGAGAAUCCAUACUGGGGAGAAACCUUAUGAAUGCAAACAAUGUGGAAAGACAUUCAGUCAGAGGCAUCAUCUUGUUGAACAUCAGAGAAUCCACACUGGGGAGAAACCUCAUAAAUGCAAACAAUGUGGAAAGAGAUUCAGUAAGAGCUCACAUCUUGUUCAACAUCAGAGAAUUCACACUGGGGAGAAACCUUAUGAAUGCAAUCAGUGUGGAAAGGCAUUCAGUUAUAGCUCUGUCCUUGCCCAACAUCAGAGAAUCCACACUGGGGAGAAACCUUAUGAAUGCAAGCAAUGUGGAAAAACAUUCAGGGAAAGCUCCAAACUUGCUGUGCAUCAGAGAAUCCACACUGGGGAGAAACCUUAUGAAUGCAAGCAAUGUGCAAAGAAAUUCAGUCAAAGCUCCAGUCUUGCUGUACAUCAGAGAAUCCAUACUGCAGAGAAACCUUAUGAAUGUAAUCAGUGUGGAAAGACAUUCAAUCAGAAGUUUAAUCUUGCUGAACAUCAAAGAAUCCACAAUGCAGAGAAAGCUUAUGAGUGCACUCAGUGUGGAAAGACAUUCAGUCAGAGACGUGGUCUUGAUGUACAUCAGAGAAUCCAUAAUGCAAAGAAACCUUAUGAAUGUAAUCAGUGUAAAAAGAUAUUCAGUCAGAGCUCACAUCUUGCUAUACAUCGGAGAAUUCACACUGGGGAGAAACCUUAUGAAUGCAAUCAGUGUGGAAAGACAUUCAGGGACAGCUCCAAUCUUGGUGUACAUCAGAGAAUUCACACUGGGGAGAAACCUUAUGAAUGCAAGCAAUGUGGAAAGACAUUCAAUCAAAGUUCCAGUCUUGCUGUACAUCAGAGAAUCCACAGUGGAGAGGAACCUUAUGAAUGCAAGCAAUGUGGAAAGACAUUCAAAGGAAGCUCUAAUCUUGGUGUACAUCAGAGAAUCCACAAUGGGCAAAAACCUUAUGAAUGCAAACAAUGUGGAAAGACAUUCAGUCAGAGCUCUAAUCUUGUUCAACAUCAGAGAAUCCACACUGGGGAGAAACCUUAUGAAUGCAAACAAUGUGGAAAGACAUUCAAAGGGAGCUCCCACCUUGGUGUACAUCAGAAAAUCCACACUGGGGAGAAACCUUAUGAAUGCAAACAAUGUGGAAAGACAUUUAGGAAGAGCUGCACUCUUGCUGUACAUCAGAGAAUCCACACUGGGGAGAAACCUUAUGAAUGCAAACAAUGUGCAAAGACAUUCAGUCAGAGGCAUCAUCUUGUUGAACAUCAGAGAAUCCACACUGGGGAGAAACCUUAUAAAUGCAAGCAGUGUGGAAAGAAAUUCAGUAGGAGCUCACAUCUUGUUCCGCAUCAGAGAAUUCACAGUGGGGAGAAACCUUAUGAAUGCAAGCAAUGUGGGAAAACAUUCAGGGAAAGCUCCAGUCUUGCUGUGCAUCAGAGAAUUCACAGUGGGGAGAAACCUUAUGAAUGCAAGCAAUGUGGAAAACCAUUCAGGGAAACCUCUAGUCUUGCUGUACAUCAGAGAGUCCAUACUGCAGAGAAACCUUAUGAAUGCAAACAAUGUGGAAAGACAUUCAAAGGAAGCUCCAAUCUUGGCGUACAUCAGAGAAUCCACAGUGGAGAAAAACCUUAUGAAUGCAAGCAAUGUGGAAAGACAUUCAGUCUGAGGCAUCAUCUUGUUAAACAUCAGAGAAUCCACACUGGGGAGAAACCUUAUAAAUGCAAUCAGUGUGGAAAGAAAUUCAGUUAUAGCUCUGGUCUUGCCCAACAUGAGAGAAUCCACAGUGGGGAGAAACCUUAUGAAUGCAAACAAUGUGGAAAAACAUUUAGUUAUAGCUCUGCUCUUGCCCUACAUCAGAGAAUCCACAGUGGGGAGAAACCUUAUGAAUGCAAGCAAUGUGGAAAAACAUUUAGUUAUAGCUCUGCUCUUGCCCUACAUAAGAGAAUCCAUACGGGGGAGAAACCUUAUGAAUGCAAGCAAUGUGGAAAAACAUUCAGGGAAAGCUCCAAACUUGCUGUACAUCGGAGAAUUCACACUGGGGAGAAACCUUAUGAAUGCAAACAAUGUGGAAAGACAUUCAGUCAAAGCUCCAGUCUUGGUGUACAUCAGAGAAUUCACACUGGGGAGAAACCUUAUGAAUGCAAGCAAUGUGGAAAGACAUUCACUCAAAGUUCCAUUCUUGCUGAACAUCAAAGAAUCCACACUGCAGAAAAAGCUUAUGCAUGCACUCAGUGUGGAAAGACAUUCAGUCAGAGACGUGGUCUUGAUAUACAUCAGAGAAUCCAUAAUGCAAAGAAACCUUAUGAAUGUAAUCAGUGUGGAAAGAUAUUCAGUCAGAGCUCACAUCUUGCUAUACAUAGGAGAAUUCACACUGGGGAGAAACCUUAUGAGUGCAAUCAGUGUGGAAAGACAUUCAGGGACAGCUCAAAUCUUGGUGUGCAUCAGAGAAUUCACACUGGGGAGAAACCUUAUGAAUGCAAGCAAUGUGGAAAGACAUUCAAUCAAAGUUCCAGUCUUACUGUACAUCAGAGAAUCCACAGUGGAGAGGAACCUUAUGAAUGCAAGCAAUGUGGAAAGACAUUCAAAGGAAGCUCCAAUCUUGGUGUACAUCAGAGAAUCCACAACGGGCAGAAACCUUAUGAAUGCAAGCAAUGUGGAAAGACAUUCAGUCAGAGCUCUAAUCUUGUUCAACAUCAGAGAAUCCACACUGGGGAGAAACCUUAUGAAUGCAAACAAUGUGGAAAGACAUUUAAAGGGAGCUCCCAUCUUGGUGUACAUCAGAAAAUCCACAAACAAUGUGGAAAGACAUUCAUUCAUAGCUCUGUUCUUGCCCAACAUCAGAGAAUCCACACUGGGGAGAAACUUUAUGAAAAAUGUUGAAAGACAUUUAGGCAGAGCUCCACUCUUGCUAUACAUCAGAGAAUCCACAUGUGAGAAACAUUAAUGAAGUUAGUGUAAGAUGACAUUCAAAGAGCUCCAAUCUUUCUCAGUACCAGAGAAUUCAAAAUGGGAAGUAACCUUAUGAAUUCAAUGUGGUAAGACAUUCAUAUGGAGCUCCACACUUGCUCUACAGAGAAGAAAUCAUGCAUUUUCACAUAGAGCUCUCAAUGUACAUCUAAAGUGUGAUACAUCAAGUAAAUUAAGGAAGCAUAUUCACCUUUUAUAUCUAUUUAUAAGGGGAAAAUAUGUGACCAAGUAAGAAAGAGAUGUAACAUGAGAUGUAACAUAGGUCAUUUUUAGUAUAUUAAAUCCAAAUUUGUUUCUAUAACCAAGGUUAAAAGGGUAAACAAUAAGUAUUAUUUGCUUUAAAACAAUGUCCAUAUAAAUACCUAAUUUUUUUAAUAAUUCUAGUCAUGGUCUCAAAUACUUUAAUCAUUUCAUGGCAUCUAGAUCUAAUGAGGAGUUAAUUCAUUAAGGGAAUGA